CUCGCCAACCAUAGAUAGAUGGCCCGGUCCUGAAAUGUGCUCGUGUGGGAAAGACACUCUACAAAGUUAACCCCAGAAUUCCUUUUAGGUGUGUGGCACACCAUCACAAGAGGGCUCUACACAGGCGUGACUGGAGCUUGUCGCCUCCGGCUUGGAAGCUGGGAGGGGACGAUAGGGGCGAUAGCCAUGCUGGAGCUUGGUGAAGACGAUGGGGGAACGGCAGCUGUCCAGGAAACGGCAUCCACACAGCCAGAGAGAUGUUCAGAUAGCCCAAGUCCGUAUGCUCCAUUGGAUCAUCGUCCUGAUGGGCACAACAAGUUGUCAAUGUCGUACCCCGAGCGUAGCACGCCAGACCUUAACACACCUCGGGAUGAUGCUUCAAGCCCACCUGGCCGACACAAGGGUGUAAAGCAGAUUGGAGUAAUGCACAGAAUUCUGGAUUGGUUUUAUCUGAAAACACCUGCCCUUCCCUCAACGGCUGCAGGUCUUCACUUGUUCAUUAUCAUGCUGGUGACGGGUUGCGCGUGGUAUCUUAGAAAUGAGAAUCUCCAACUGAGAGAUGAUAACCUGCGACUUACGCUGAAGGGAGACAUCUUCAAAGAUCGACUUGAUGACCAACAGGCACAGAACAAGAGGCUGUUUGAUUCAGUAGCCCAUUGCAAGAAUGACUCCCAGGUUUUGCUGAGUGACAACAAAGCCCUGAAGAUUGAGCGAGACAUCUGGAAGGAACGAGCGGCUGAGAACCAUCAGGAGAAUAAGGGGCUGCAAGCUGACCUGAAGCAGUGCUACUCACAGACAACGCAUGCUAUGCAGCAGUCAGCAGCGGGCAGUGAGAAAUGUCAGCUGUGCGAAGUAAGAGCGCAGAUGACUACCCUCAACACGUCGUUGACUGAAUGCGCAGCCCAGCGGAGUGAGGCCACUACACACUUUGUAAGCUGUAUAGGCAAUCUGCACUAUUCAAGGAUCCAAGCUCUACAGAGCAGGGCAUGGAUACAGAAGCAUAUGCAUUUGUUUCCGCUAUAUCACCAAAAGCUAACAGCGGCUAAAGGCUUGAUCAAGAAGAAGGACGACGCCAAAGAAUCAUGCAUGAAAGCGAAAAGCCGGCAUGUGGAAGCCAAACAAACUCUGAGUGGGCAACUGGCUGCCAAAGAACGAGUGAUUGCUCGCCUUACUGUGAACCUGCACCAAGAGAAGCAAAACAAUCAGGGCUUGUCUGAGUUUAUCUACCGACAGCAUAGGGCCUUACUGAAGCCGUAUUUGGAUUCCUCCCAUGAUUAUGCCAUCAGCCUUGCUUAUAUUGAGGAUAGACUGGCUCGUCUGACUGUGUGGGUCGGAGACCGCACCGCAAGAGCUCUGAUAAGCCAUCUGCUGAGCUAUGUCGGCGAUCACCGGAUCCGCAUCGUUAACACCCUGAAGAACGCGAACUAUGAGUUCCAGAACAGAACCAAAGCAGUAGUCAUGGCAGACAAGUUGCUAAUCAGUGAAGAGGCUAAGCGUCCAUUCACCGUGUAUGUCUGUCCUGAAGAAAUCAUCGCUCACGACGCACGGAAAAGCGAGAUAUCAUAUCACAUGGCUCAAUGGAUCAUCCGUAGCUUCUUUGAAGAGGAUUCAGAGGGUGAAAUACUACCAUUGCCAAAAGAAGAAGGCACUGACUCCCACAAGCGUACGUAUGUACAUUGGGAGGUGCCAUCUAUCAAGAGCCUACCAGCAGUGUUGAUUCGAAAUAUUAUGCUAACGGGGCCAUACACGUUGAUACCAUUCUUCGUGUGUCUGUGUCGAGAGAUUGCAGCUGGAAAGUUCAAGGCCUAUGAGAUCCCGUCACUCCUAACCCGAACCCUUCUGCUAAGCCUGCUUUCAGAUAUUGCCACAUACGGAUCCAUCGUCACUGUCCUACCACUAUAUUUCUGGGUGCUGACUCGCGUUCCAUUUCUACCCAGGUGGAUGAUUUCUUUGGUGUUCAUCACCAUUGCGUCAGUGCGUGAUUCGGAAAACAAGUAUUCACCCAAACUGACCGCCAGGCAAGAUGAUUCAGCACACAUCCCAUCGAUUCAUCAUAACGUUAGUGAAGGUGACGACGAUGCGGCAGAAACCAGUUAGCAUGCUACACCCUGCAACCAUGGUAUGAACUCAUUGCGUGCUCUUUCAGGAUUGGUGCAUAUACAUAGAGAGCUGUUGGUGUCAUGGAUUGUCCACACCAUGGAGAUAGCAAGUGCAUUAUGAAUAGGCAGCACUUCCAAGCUACCAUUCAGACACCAAGGUAAAUAUGGCAUUAACUUGCUUCUAUACAUGUAUGUUCUUUAAAGGUACAUUGAAACCAUACCAGUUCAUUCGGAUUGAAGUAUAGUUUCUGACCCAAAUCAUAGAUAAUAUGUAUAUAAAAAGGUGAAAAGGUCUAGUCUACUCCCAUGAUCCCCCCCCCCCCCCCCCCCAAUGCUGCUGAAGCGGUACGCAAGGCAUUGAUUCCUUUGGGGCAUGGGUGUAGCUGUGAAAGAGGAACAGGGGCGUCAAAUACACUGACGUCAACCCUGAAGGUCAUUCAUUUGGAUGCGUUUUUAUAUUUCAUCCUUUCAUUUCCUUUCGUCGGACAUCUUUACAGACCCAGCUUGAUAAAUAUUUGCCCAAGUUCCCAGUCAAAGUGAUCACUCAAUAUGUGAGUGUCUCAUGCUGUACUUGCGCAAUCUGGUCAUUUAAGCCUAAUCUCUUCCUCCUAGAGGAAGGAUAGGCGUGUUGAGCUCAUACUUCCAUAGUCACUGGAAAACUUCCAGUCAGUCUUGACUGUAGUCUCACGUUUUCAGUUGGCCCCGGUCAGAGUCUUUUGACACACCGUUCUCUACGAUACCUUGACGAUUUUCAUGAAGGUACUCCUUAUUGUCUGAUCAAACCAGCUACAAUAUCUCUUGCUAUACCCUUUCUUUGUCCUCCGGAGAUAUCAUCUCCAGUGAGGAAUCUUUCAGAGAAAGCGUAGAUUGGUAUCAACACAAACUUUCCAUACAAUAGGAAAUAAAAGGACCAAGGAACAACAAGCGGCAAUAUAAUUCCCACUAACACCACGGGUUACUUAUAGUUCCUUGACCCCUUUCUUUUCUGUACAUUUAUCCUUUUGCUCUCCAUCCGAGUCCAUUUCCUUUAUCAUUUUUCUAACAUAAUUUUUCGGGCUGCUGGGCCUUAAGCCCAAGGUGUGCACACACAGUUAAGUUUUCGAAAAUUCCGGUACGUGCAUUGCAAGUUUAGAUUUUAAUCUCUUCGAUGCUAACCCUCCGGUGGCAGUCCAUAAUGUGUAAAUUUUGCAUUCCUAUCUCUGAUGUUUUGCUAGCACUCACAUUCUGAUGAUACGUUUUGUGGUGCUUAUAUAUUUGUAUCUCUGAUUUUCUCUCACGAGUUUAAGUCAA